AUGGAAUACCGUCUCUCCUUUCUGUUGUUGCCGGCGGUAAGCUGGGCAGCUGUAAUUUCAACACCACUUUCUACCGAUAGAGAUGAUCAAAUCAAUGAAAUUAAACAAUCAAACCCCAUAUCCUCCUCAUUAAUUUGCACAUCAAAUUGCAACGCACCCUCCACCUCCUCUCAACCCCUCGAACUUCGCGAAUACCGCGAAUACCACACCCACUCCUUCCACCACGCCAAAUACGACGACCAGGAGCCCCCACCCCGCCCUCACAUCCCCACGUCGUGGAAAGUAGCUAUUGGCGUCAACGCCUUUGUACUAUUGAUCACAGCAUCGAUAUUAGGAAUGCUGGUAUGGAUCCUGAGGAAAGAAUAUCGGAAGCGGAAUUUACUACAAGGAGAUCCGACGUAUGUGGGUGCGAAAGAUGGAUUUGGCAGGAAAAUGAAGAGCGCGAGGAGUACGGGAAGUCGAGGCUUGGGCAUGGGAAUGGGGAAUGCGAGGGGUGGGAGGGCGAGGGCCUGGAGCUAUGAUCCGAUUCGAGAGGAAGAGGAGGAGGGUGUCGGUCAGGGGUUAGGCCAGGGAUUAGGGUUAGAGGGGGGGAAUACCGGAAUGAGCAUGCCGAUGGCAAUGAAUAAUACACUAGUCAAUCCUGGAACGCAAAAAGAAUCCCAAGGAGGAACGAGUGCGAAGGGAAAGGGCAAAGAAACUUCGAGGACCAAAAGAGAAAGAGUCUGGAGGGGUAAACAUGUUCGAUUUUCGAGUUGGAGUGGUGAUGUUGAUGUUGAUGGGAGAGAUAGGAUGGGGGUGGUAGGGGUAGGUAGUAGUGGGAAGGAGAAUGGGGUGGCGGCGCUGAGGGCGGCGGAGGCUCAUGAAUAUGUCCAGACGCCUUGA